ACACUCAAUGAGCAGUUACAGUACGGAACAGUCAAUCUUUCUAACAUAAUGAAUAAUCGAAUUACCCAGAAUGGGAAGUUAUACCCUGAAAGAAAAUGUUCCUUACUGUCAACACUGUUCUUCACGUAAUAUAUCUAAAUUAAUUUCCUUAAUAUAUAACUACGUUAAUAGUAUUGUUCAAGUUUGUCUCUGUAUUUUUUUAUUCAUAUUCAGAUGGGUACAAGGGAUAAUAGAUGUUGGAAGGAAAGAGAAAGGAGGUUUUGGAAAACAACAUCAUUUUCUACCUCCUAAGAGUGAGAUGGCUGAAAAUUGUGGGCCAAAACUAGUUGAAGCUUGGGAGAAACAAGUAAAUGAUCAGGGAACUAACGCUAAAUUGUAUUUGGUUAUAUUAAAGUCCAUUCUUGGUCAAUACUUGGUUGUAGGUUUAUUGAGUAUAUUACAGGAUUUAGCUACGUUAUUACAACCUUUCGUCCUAAGGGAGCUUAUGCUCCAAUACGGGCAGGAGAAUAAUUCGACCUCAAUGUUAUGGGUUUAUUCUAUAUUGUUAUGUGUAUCGAACCUUUUUCUAUCGCUGAUAAAAAGAUUCUAUUUCUUCAUACUGGAUAGAAUAUCGCUAAGAAUGAUGGCUUCAACCACCUAUCUUAUUUUUCAUAAGAUACUUACAACAACAAAGAAAGAUCUUAGUUCAAUAAGUACAGGAAAUAUAAUUGAGAGAGUUUGUCACGACGCAGAAGCUGUAACUUGGGGAAUUUAUUCGGCUAACACUUUAUGGACGGGACCUUUACAGCUGUUAUUUGUUUUGUUCUACCUUUAUUGGCAUAUGGGGAUUUACGUUACGCUUGGAACCUUAAUUAUUCUUGUCCUCUCUCUAAUCCAAUUCUAUUUUGCGAAGACUUUAGCAAAGUAUCGUAAACUACAAUAUAUUUAUAUGGAUAAAAGGACGUCUGUGAUUAGCGAAUUAUUAUCUGGAAUGAGACUUGUAAAGAUGUAUUGUUGGGAAAAGCCGUUCAGAAAGUUAAUUGAUGGAAUUCGAAAGAAAGAAAUGGGUUUUUUAAAGAACCUAGUAAUCUGCUACACAUUGUUAUCCGAUUUUCUUUUUUUUGGUAAAAAAUCCCUCAUUGCCAUGUAUGUUCUAAUCUACUAUUACCUCGGAUAUAAUCUAAAGGCUGAGAAACUUUUCCCCCUUGUUCUCCUUAUUAACUGUAUAUCAAGCGUGAUGCUUGACCGUUUACCGUGGGCUAUUAAAAAAGUGACGGAAUCUCUAGUUUCUGCUAAGAGAAUCCAAGAUUUUCUCCUCCACAAUGUUAAGAAUGAUUGCGAAAUAAAAGAAUCCAAAGUUGCCUGUCGGGAGCAAAAACUAAAUAACCAUAUAAGGAAUCGAAAGUUUAAUAAAUCAAUUAUAAGUCUAAAGGGAGGAAAUGCUUCUUGGGACAAUGCGUCACCCACCCUUAACAACAUCGAUUUAGAAAUAAAAAGAGGAGAGCUCGUUGCUGUAAUAGGGAAGAUAGGUUCCGGAAAGACGUCUCUCCUAAUGGCCUUACUCGGUGAAUUACCUAUCGUAUCAGAAAACAGGACUAUAACGGGCAAAAUUGCUUUUACCGGUCAGGAAUCUUGGAUAUUUUCCGAAUCAAUCCGACAAAAUGUACUCUUUGGGAAUAAAAUGAAUAAAAAUAAAUAUAGAAAAGUUAUAGAUUCUUGCUGUUUAACUAAGGACAUUGAAGACUUUACAAUGGGUGAUGAAACAAAAGUCGGAGAGAGGGGCGUUAAACUAAGUGGAGGUCAAAAGGCCAGGCUUUCUCUGGCUAGGGCAUUGUAUGAAGAUGCCGACAUCUACUUAUUAGACGACCCCCUAUCAGCUGUAGACGUAAAAGUUGGAGAGAAACUUUUUAGAGGCUGUUUUAAAGAAUUGCUAAAACAUAAGACAAUUUUACUUGUAACCCACCAAUUGCAGUACCUACAGCAAUGCGACAAGAUAAUCGUAAUGGACAAAGGUUCAAUUCAAUUUCGGGGAAGUUAUGAAGAAGUCCUCCAAUCAGGAAUAGAUCUGAUUCGAGUACUAUCUGAAAAGAGUAUGCCAAUAUCUCAAGAUCAGCCUGGAAUAGAGAUAAAAAAAGACGAAAAAGUUUCAUUGAAGGGAACAAGGUUAACCGAUAAAAAUAAACAAAGUAAAAAGAGUAUUAGGAAUGAACGAGAAAUAGAUCAGGGACAAGAAGACCUACCCAUCGGCAGAGUGGGAUUAGACGUCUAUUGGAGUUAUUUUCGUUUGGGAGCAUCUCGAAAAAUCCUGUUAUUUAUUCUAAUCGUCAAUUUAAUUUGGCAAGUUAUAUCUAAUAGAAUCGACUUUACAAUUGCCGAAUGGUCGGAAACUGAUUCCAUGAAUAAGACGGAAUCGAUUGUCAAAGGCCGGAAUGAUUAUCCCUUCGUCUACGUUUCGUUAAUUCUAACCGCAUUCGGAAUAGGAUUAUUUCGUUCCCUUCUACAUUUUACCGUGGCCCUUCGAAUAUCAUCAAAUUUGUAUUCAAAAAUGUGCGAAAGUGUAAUUGGGUCGCCAAUUCGAUUUUUUGAUUCGAAUUCGAUUGGUCAGAUCCUUAGCCGAUUCACCACAGGCAUUUCAACAGCGGAUAAUAAUUUAACUUUUGCUUUCUACAAUAUGACAUUGGUUCUUUUAUCACUUGGUGGAACUUUUACAUCUGCAAUUAUCGUUAGCCCAUUAUCAUUAAUUGCAAUUAUUCCUUUUACCAUUUCAUUAUUCUACUAUCGAAAUUAUAUUAACAAUGUUAAAAUUGAAGUUUGUCGACGGACUGGCGUAGCCUACAACCCUUUUCUUGGCCACAUUAAUUCUGUUCUCUCAGGAUUAGAGACGAUUCGAGCUUUUCAUCGAGAAAAUGCCGUUCGAAGAGAAUUUUGCUUAUUUUGCAAUAAUUAUAUUGGGAACCUAUUUACUAGAUUUGUCCUAUUUAAUUGGUUCAGUGCAAGAACUCAUGUAGCAAGUUCGCUAUUCGCUUGCUUCUGUAUCCUAACGAGUGCCUCGUUAUCGGCUUAUUUCAAGGCUCAUCAAAUAGGUUUAAUUAUUAUCUAUUCUCUGCCACUUAUGGAUAGCAUUCACAACUUUUUCUCCAUACUAUCACAAGUCGAACUUCGGGUAAGUGCUAAUUUUCUUUAAAAGGGGGAUAAAAAGGGUUGUUUGGGGUACAAUUUUCGGUAAAGAGACCUAUAAAAGUUGAAUAGAAUAAUGAGAGUUAUGGGAAAAGUUUCUCCUUCGAUUUUAGAUGGUAAAGGUCGAGCAGGCUUUACAAUAUACGAGGCUAUCCAGCGAAGGCCGGAAGACAACGCCCAAAGAGAGUAUGCCGAAAGGGGAAUGGCCCAAAAGGGGAAAUAUACAGUUCGAUAAUGUGUCAUACUCCUACGAUCCAAAUGGUGAAGAAAUUUUGAAGGAUAUAUCAUUUAAUAUUAACGGGGGAGAAAAAAUAGGCAUAAUUGGGAGAACUGGAUCAGGGAAGAGUUCACUGAUCGAAGCUCUAUUCAGAAUGUCCAAAUUUUCACGUGGUGUUAUAAGCAUAGAUGGCGUCAAUUUACAAUCUCUCGGUUUGGACGAUAGUAGAAACUGCCUAUCCGUUAUACCGCAGAAUCCGACACUGUUUAAUGGCACCAUAAGGUACAAUCUUGAUCCAUUUGACGAGAAAAGAAACGACCAACUUUGGCAGGCUCUAAAAGAUGUCCAUAUGAGCGAAACAAUUAGUAAGAUUGGAGGGUUAAAUUACGAAAUAAACGAAUUCGGUUCUAAUUUGAGCGUCGGUCAAAAGCAAUUAAUAUGCUUGGCUAGAGCUAUUUUAAAGGAUUCUAAAAUCUUAAUAUUAGAUGAAGCAACUUCGAAUGUAGACCAACAAACCGAUGCUAUCAUUCAAAAAACCAUUAAGAAGUCAUUCGCUAGGAAAACAGUCAUCAUAAUUGCUCAUCGAUUAAAUACCUUAGCGGAAGUUGAUAAGAUUAUGGUCUUAUCGGAUGGCAAAAUCAAGGAAUUUGAAAAACCUGAGACGCUCCUAAAAAACAAUUAUUCAUUGUUUUAUCAACUCGUCAAAAUCGAAAAAUCGUUUUAACGAGACAUUAAUUUAUUAUCUCGUUAUCUUGUCUCUAAACUUUGAUUAUGUCAAUUCAACUUCCUUAACGGAAUAAAUAUUAAACAAUAAAUAGCAAAUAAACUU